CAACGCGUCUGGGUGGUGCCUUCCGGUCGGGUUGGUUGGCGCAGCGUUUGAGUGCAAUGAUAUUUGAUUGUUGACAUCUCCUUUGUGAAGAUUUCUCAAUCUUUGAAGAGGUAUCUAAUUUAAGACUGGUGGCAAAACAUGCAAAGGUAUUGUUGAUCAGGAAACCAAACUUUGAUAUCAUCAGUUGUAACCAGCUGUCACCAUGGUAUCAUGGCAUCUGUUGGAGAAUGUGAAGUAUUUUGUUCUCCACCGACCACCAAUGAUUUUAUUUAUUUUGAGCAUCAGCUCUUUAGGCAUCGCUUUCUUCAGUCUUGGGAUCUACAUUCAGUCACAUGAAGUCUCCAAUCCUGAUGUGCCUCAGACAUGGAAUGCAGUUCUGCAAUCUCUCAGUAAACUAGAAUUCUGUCGGCCUGAAAAUGAAAGCCUGUGGCAGACUAGCACAGAACCUCUACCUUUUGGACGGGGUUCUGUAAGAAGACGACCAGACCCAGAUCCUUUAGCUCAUACAACAACAAGACAAUCCGUAACCACUAUUGCUUUUACCCGAGACACAUCAGAGAGUGUAUCUCUACUACUGCCGAUCACCUAUAAUUCAAAGGAACCAUUAAAAAGAUUUUCUAGUGACAUAACUCGUCUCCAUGCUGUGGUAAAUGGAAACCUGCUGGGGCUGGAAGAUUCUAAAGCAAAGGAGGUUAUUAAUAUCAUGUUGAUUUCACCAUGGCCACCUGAACAUUACCUUUCACAAAUAAACUCCACAAAUAACAUGAGUACCCUUACAUGCAUCACAAUGUCUGCAUCUGCACAUGUACUUCCCCAGGCGAGAUACUUUCCCUCCUGUAACUUAGAAAAUUUCACAGAUGCAUUAUUGUAUCAGAAUACACUAGCAAAGAAUUCAGAGAAGACACCUUCACAAGGUCACACUUCUGCUCAGUGCUACAAGGCACAGUAUAAACCUGAACCUAAAUUUACCAUUGUGCUGUCAAAGGAGGACCGUAUUCUUUGCAGUCAGCACUUACUGAAGUCCAGUUACAUUUUGCUUCUGCUUGCUCUUGUUGUCUUCUGUUUACGUGUAGCAUGUGGCCGAAGAAAGAAAAAGAGGCACAAGACAAUGAACUUACACAAGGCUCACCUUCUAGAAAUGUGAUGUAGUCCAAAUUCUCAUUUGUUGAGAGUAGAAAUAUAUGGAUUACUUUGGACGAUGGGAAUAUAUCUAACUUAAUACUGUUGCAAAUUUUCCAAAACGAAGUACUGUAGUAAAUUUGUGCUGUUCUCCUUAAAAAUAGUUUUUUGAAACCCUUGGAUUUGCCUUUAAUACAAUUUCAUUGGUUGUGAUUGUGGCGGUGGUAAUAAUACCUGAAACAUUUGAAUUGUAUACAUCUACCAAACUGCACCCACCACCCACCUCCCACCGCCCCACCCCCCCUCCCCCUGCUACCCCACACUUCAAAAGUGUCUUACAAUUUAAAGAUUUUGAUUAAACUAGGUUAUAAUAGCUUAUUUAUAAAAUGUUUUGUAAACUGUGAUUUUGCUACUUUAUGUUUUAUAUUUCAUUAAAUAUUUACCUUCAUUGUGGUGAUUGUUAAUUUGUUAAUAUGCCCUGUGUGCUUUGAACGUUGUUAAGCUAUUGUCAUGAAGGAACACAACUGUUAAAUGUCCUGAUGGUAUUUUUUGCAAAUACUGUUGUGAGUUUCACAUGGGGUUAUUAUCUGCAAUCUGUGCUUGCCAUGUAUGUGGAGAUUUGUACCUUCAUUUUCUCCAUGUUGCAUCUCUUGUGAAUUUCCUAGUGUCCUUUCAGAAUUGUCAUGGUCUUGGAUAGGAAACUGUUACGGAGUUUAAAAACAAUGCGUGCAUGUCCUAAUGAUAGGGUAAAUGUACUCAAAUGAAGUUUUAAUAAUAUUGAUGAGGCGAUUUCUAAAAUGUGCUAAGACCCAGCAAUUAAACAACAAUGGCUUGUACGUACCAAAUUUAUUGAUACAGUAAGAAUCUUUUAAAAAACAAAUGCUUUUGUUUGUUUUGCUCUGAUGUCUUCAAAUUUACAAGGUGCCCAAUCAUUUCUGAAACACACUGGUUAUUUGAAGUUAGACACAUUAAGCCACUGUUUGGACAUUGUACAACCGUUUCUUCUUGUAACAAAUUCGUGGUGGUGGUUCUAUAUUUUUAUGUUUGUAUUUGUGUGAACUGAUAAAAGAAAUUUCAGAUAAUUACUGAGAUCUGAUUAUAGAAUUUGCACUUUGUCAGUUCUUUUCUUUCACCAAAUUAACAUUUUUAUAUUUUCCUUUUUUACAUUUUCCCUCCUACUUUAAUGUUUUAUUGCCCCUAAAUGCUACAAGCCAUGGUUAACAUUCUUGGCAUAAAUGCUCAGACUCUGAUGUAAUAGUAUAGCAUUGAAACUAGAUUUGAUAUUAGGGUAUUGUUUGUGUACUUGUUGUUCUAAAGGUUAAUGUUCAACUGAUGUAAAUCUUAUUAAGGAAGGGAGAUUGGAAGCUAAUAUUGAAGUUGAUUUGUUUCUGAAAGGCUUGUGAUAGCCAAGACCUAUAAUGGAAGAACCUCUGAUAAUUGAGGACAGCAAAAAUUUAGAAAUAAAGGCUUUUAAUCCUUGAGAGUGCUAUUGAUGAAUAGGCUAUAGGAACACCAAUGAAAGCUUUAUCAAAAGCACUUACAUUUAAUCAAAAUAUUUUUUAUCUUUAGAAUAAAGUGCUGAUUGUCUACUGAAAUUAUUCUUGCAGCCAGUAAAUAUUUUUAACCUCCCAAAUUGGCAGUGAAAAAAAGAGAGCACAAAUGUUUGACAAAACAGUUAGAGAGAGAACAAAGGUUGUCACAAGCAGAAUUGAUUCAUGUUAUAUUUUUAAAAAUUUGUUAUAAAGGACUAAAAAUAUCUACUUCUGGUACCUGGGUAUAUUUAUGACUAUACUAGAGUUUAUUUCAAUUCACUGUUGAAACUGGAAAGGGCUGAUUUCAGGAAAUUUGGGACUGGAUUUUUUUAUAUCACAUAAUGGGCUUUAAGAUCUCUUGGCAAGCAGCUAAUGCUGCCUCAUGUUCAGUCUUAAAUUUUAACUCGUUAUGCAUACCUUAAGACAAUAUAUUCUAGCAGCCUAGUGGAACUGUAUGUUUUUUUUUAAAACAGUGAACUAGUAAUAUUUACAUAUGAGGAUUAGAGUGGUUCUUAACUUAGUUUCCGUGAACAAUAAUUGAUGCGGUCUUUAAAAUGAGACUCGCUCUUCUCUCUUUCUGUGGUUUUAUUGGAAACGUAGACAUCUUCUGACCAAGAAAGCUUCAAAUUUUUGUUAGUACUGCACUUUGCACGAUAUCUGGAGAUUAGUUUAAGUAGUUUGUGUUCACUUUUCAUUUUAGUGAAGGAAUGUACCUAACCUUUUACUAAUUUAUAAUGUUGAAUGCAGUGACCAAAAUAUUAAAUUACAGUCUGAAGGUUUGAUCCACAGUUUGAGCAGAAUUGGUUUAACUUGCCAGAAUAGAAGUCAAGGUGCUGUUAUUAGUCUUGGAGGGACCUGUGUUGGAAGAAGUAAGCAGGUACACAGCAGGUAAUUAAAUAAGCUUAUAUAAUAUUAAUGUUUAUUGCGAGGGGAAUUAAAGACAGAAGUUAUGCUUCAGUUACGCAAGGCAUACUGGUUAGACCAUAUCUGGAGUACUGUGUACAUGAUUAGUUUCCUUAACUAAGGAGGGAUGAAAUGCAUUGGAAUUGGUUCAGAGAAGGUUUACAAGACUAAUACCUGGAAUUGGCAAGUUGUUACAGAAGGAAAAGUUGGACACCCUAAGCUGUUUCCUCUUGAGGUAAGAUCUAGAACUAGGGUUUACCAUUUAAAAGGAAAGGGUCACUCAUUUAAGACACAGGAAUUUUUUUUCAAGCAUGUUGUACAUUUUCAAGACUCUCAUUCUGUAAAAGCAGUGGAAGUCAAAUCUUUCAAUAUUUUUAAGGUAGAGGUAAAUAGAUUCUUGGUAAACAAGGUGGUGAAAAGUUAUCAGAAGUAGAUGGGAAUAUAGAGUUGAGAUUGCAAUCAGAUCAACCAUGGUCUUGUUAAAUGGUGGUGCAGCCUUGAGAGAUGAAAUGGCCUACUCCUGUUCCAAAUUGGUAUAUUUAUGUACAUUACUAAGAAGAACACUGGAACAGGAGUAGCCCAUUCAGCCCAUUGAGUCUGCCCCCUCAUUUAAUGCGAUCAUGAUUGAUCAAAAUUUCAAUGCUUUUUACUCACCCUAUCCUUAUAACUCUGUACACCACUGGUACUCAGAAAUUUAUCAGUCUGUACCAUAAUCGUUCUCAAAGACUAAAUCUCCAGAGCCCACUGUGGUAGUGAAUUCCAAAGGUUCACAACUCUGAGUAAAAUUCUUCUCAUCCUAAGUUGUGUCCCCUAGUUCUAGACUCCUGAACCAGGGGAAACAUCUUGCCUGUCUAUCCCUUUAAGUAUUUUGUAGUUUCAAUGGGAUCAUCUCUUAUUCUUCGAAUCUCCAGAAAACACAAGUUCAGUUUGCAAAAUCUACCUUAGGACUGUCCAGCCAUCCCAGAAACGAGUCUGAUGAACCUUUGUUGCACUUCCUCUACGGUAGUUGUAUCUUAAGAUAAGGAGACCAAAAGUGCACACAGUACACCAGGUGUAGUCUAAUCAAGCUCCUGUCAAUUAAUUUAAGAUUUUUCUUUAUUCCUGUAGUCAAAUCCUCUUGCAAUAAAAGCUAACAUUCCAUUAGACUUUCUAAUAACCUGAUGCACCUACAUUUUAGCUUUCAGUGACUUAGUGAUACGUAGUUCCUUUUAUACAUCUAUUCUUAUCAGCCUCUGAGCAUUUAAGAAAUGCUCUAUGUCUGUUUCUCUUAGCAAAGUGGAUAAUCUUACAUUUUUCCACAUUUUAUAUUCCAUCUGCCAUGUUGUUGCCCAUUCACUAAGCCUGUCCAAAGUUUCGUGAAGUCGCUUUACACCAUCCUCUCAGCACACAUUCCAAUUUAGCUUUGUAUCAUCUGCAAAUAAGUCAUUCACGUAUAUUGUGAACAGCUGGGUCUCAAAUUCUGAUCCUUGUGAUAUCCGACCAGUUGCAGCCUGCUAAUACGAGAAUUACCCAUUUAUUCUUACUCUCCAUUUUCCAUGUUAGCCAAUCCUUACGCCAUGCUAGUACACUGUCUCCUAACCCAUGUGCUUUAAUUUUCCAAACUGGCCUCCUCUGGGGGAAUUUAUCAAUCUUUCUGAAUAUCUAAGUGCGCAUCCAUCCAUUAGCUCUCCUUUAUCAAUUUUGUUAGUAACAUCUUUAAAAAUAAACUACACCAAGUUCAUUAAACAUGAUUUCUCAUUCGCAAAUUGAUGCUGACUUUGCCAAUCAGAUCAUUAUUAAACAAGUGUCAAUAUAUCCCAUCCUUUUUUAAUAAUUCUAACAUUUUCCUUAUUACUGGUGUAAGACUAACAGGUCUGUAGUUCCCUUUUUUUCCCUUUCUUGCUCCCUUAUAGUGGAGUGACAUUUGCUACCUUCCAAUCCACAAGCAUCAUUCCAAAUCUAUAGAAUUGUGGAAUAUAGUCACUAAGGUAUCAUCUAUCUCAGUAGUCACUAACUGCAAUAUUCUGGAAAGAAGACCAUCAACUUUCAGGCCGAUCAAUUUCUUUCAACUCCUCAUUCUCCCUAGCCACUUGGACCUCUCCUUCAUGGAGAUUUAUUAGAUUUUCCUCAGUGAAAACAGAUACAAAAUAAUCAUUUAGCUUCUGUGCCAUUUCUCUCUUCCCAUUAUAACACCAAAGAAAUAGGAAUAAGAGAAGGCUAUUUGGUCCUUCAAUCCUGCUCCACAUUCAAUUGUUCAUGGCUGAUUCAACAUUCCUCAUGUCUACUUUCCUGCAUUUUCCCUGUAACCCUUGAUUUUCCCCACUGAUUAAGAAUCUAUCUCAAAAAAACCAAACAACUGUGGAUUCUGGAAAUCAGAAACAAUAAUAGAAAUCGCUGGAAGGACCCAUUAGGUCUGGCAGCAUCUGUGGAGAAAAAGUAGAGUUAAUGUUUUCAGAUCCAGUGACCCUUUUUCAGUUCUGAAGAUCUUAUCCAGAGCCCAAACAUACAUUACACGUGAAGCAGCGCUUUACCUGCUCUGCAAUCUAGUCUACUGCAUUCACUGCUCGUAAUGUGGUCAUGUAUACAUUGGCGAAACGAAGCAUAGACUGGGUGCACUUCGCAGAACACCUACAUUCUGUCUCCCAAAAAAAACCCUGAGCUUCCAGCUGCUGUCAAUUUCAACACAUCAUCUCGUUCCGUGGCCAUCAUCUCUGUCUCAGGCUUGCUACGGUGCUCCAGCGAAGCUCAGUGCAAGCUGGAAGAACAACAUCUCAUUUUCUGCUUGAGAUCUCUACAGCUUUCUGGAUUCAAUAUCAAGUUUGAUAAUUUUAGGAUUUGAGGGACCUUCUCCCAUGUCCUUAUCCCAAACCCCACACACCAGGCCUUGUUAUCACAUGGUCUGCUAUUACACACAGCCCAUUGUUAGCCACUAAUAGUACCCAUUAGUAGUUAUUCAUUCUGCUGGGCUGACUAUUAUCCACUCCUUUCUGUCCAAAUAUUCUUCUAUCUCUUUGGGUUCUAUCUCCACCUAACAUUUACUCCUUACCAUCUCUCCCCACCCUACCUUCUCAUUAAAAAAAAACAUUUUCCUAGCUAUCAUCAGUUUGAAGAAGGGUCACUGGACCUGAAACAUUAACUCUGAUUUCUCUCCGCAAAUGCUGCAGUCCUGCUGAGUUUUUCUGGAAGUUUCUGAUUUCCAGCAUUUGCAAUUUUUUUUUUUAAAAUGUGAACCACUGGUGCCUGUAAAUGGUCACAAUUUUGAAAUGUGCAAAUAUUUAUUUGUUGCUCUCAUGUACAGUCUGCUGUGUGGCUGAGUCUUAAACCCUUGUAAAUUUUCUUGGCAACAGGGCCUGUAAUGCUUGUUUGAUCCCACAUGUGGAUUUAAGGUGGGUAUACCCCUGAACAUGUCUGUCUUGGCCAGAAAAUUGAGAUCCACUCCAAAUUCAAAAAUGGCUCUGCAUUUAUUAGCUGCAAGUUCCACUCCUAAACAUAAAUUUAUUAGCUGAUAAGUGAGGGAGUCAAUUUAUGUAUGAAGUAUAGGCGUAAAUAUACAGUUUGUUUUCAAAACGUGUCAUCUUAUAAAUUAGGUCAACUUAUGUGCUAUGAUCUAUUGUCAGUAGUUGAUAUUUGUAGUCUCCUAAUUACAAAAACAUAGUUUUCUCGUGAAUGUGAUAAUAUGUUGGUGCCCUAAUUAAAGAAUUGAUUGAAUGAAGUCAUUUGUAUACUAAAAUAAUUAAUGCCAAACAAAUGAACUGCAUAUCUUUAAAACUUGUUGACUUGAUUUAAAACUGUCUUCAGCAGACAGAUACCAAUUGAGAUCUAAGACACUGUACGUUGAGGUCUGAUGGUUGUAACACUUGCUUGAUACAAAGUUCUGAUAAAAAUAAUUUGUCCAUCAA